UGUUAGCCUAUGCAAUAACAACAGCAACAGAGACACAUACUACUUAUAAAUGUUGCCUUUGUAAAACCAGCGAUUUUGCAGGAAAAGCUGAGCAACUCGUUUGGACUAUACAUGUACAUGUAGUGUGUGUUUGUAUUUGUUUGACCACAAGGUUAUUUUUAACAGAAAUCAUCAUUUGCCCUUCUAACAACAAUGCGCUCAAGAAAUGCACUAAUGGUUAAGCUUUUUACGUCGUGGCCACAGUGAGUGCCCAGUUUUUCGCAACAUUAAUCUAGGAACACCUGGUAGUUUUUGGAUGUUGUUUAUUUGUUGCAGUGAAGAAGUUUCACGAUAAAUUUGCAAGUUUACGGCAACUAAAUAGCCCCAACAGCGAACAUAAGUUUCAGAUAUGUUGCACCAACAUGUACUUGGUAUGAUUUCCAGUGAAUUUUGCGGUAUUUUGCGUGUUUUAGUGAAUUUUGCGGGAUUUUGCGGAUUUACUUGAAAUUCGUGGCUACGCAACCGUGCAAAAUAUCAGAAGCCGUGUCAUAAUCAUAAGCACAUGUGCUGCAUACGUUUUUUGAAGGUAUGGCUUAUCAGUGUCUGUUGAAGAAUGAGCUGCUCGGUGCAGGAAUUGAAGACCUUAAGGAAGUGCCACAUGAGGAAAGAAGAGCACUAUCCAGCAACAGUAAUCACAUACACAGUAUAUUCCAGUACCAGGUGAAAAGAAGUAAGCAAGAUGACACAGAAUCAGUCGCUUCUUAUUCUUUGUCGCCUGUCAGUAAGAAAAGUCAGAGACUUCUACGAUCACCGAGAAAGUCUACAAGAAAAAUUUCCAAGAUACCCUUUAAAGUAUUAGAUGCUCCUGAAUUACAGGAUGACUUUUAUCUUAAUCUUGUGGAUUGGUCAGGGCAGAAUAUUUUAAGUGUUGGCUUGGGAACAUGUGUUUAUCUUUGGAGUGCAUGCACCAGUCAGGUUACAAAACUCUGUGAUCUUGCAUCCGAUGGUGACUCUGUGACAUCAGUGUCUUGGUCAGAAAGGAGUGGCCUUGUUGCUGUUGGGACACAUAAAGGUCUUGUUCAAAUCUGGGAUGCUGCUGCACAAAAGCGUGUAUCAACCAUUGAAGGACAUACUGCAAGAGUUGGUGCACUGGCCUGGAAUGGUGACAUGCUAUCAUCAGGCAGUAGAGAUAGGCUGAUUCUUCAGCGUGAUGCCAGGACUCCUAGCCCAGUGGAAAGAAGGCUGAUUGGACAUAGACAAGAGGUGUGUGGACUGAAGUGGUCUCCUGACCAUCAGCACCUGGCAUCAGGUGGUAACGAUAACAAGCUGCUGGUAUGGAACUUGUCCAAUCUGUCUCCUGAGCAGCAGUAUGGUGAACACUCUGCAGCAGUCAAAGCCAUCGCAUGGUCUCCUCAUCAGCAUGGUCUGCUUUCCUCAGGGGGUGGUACAGCCGACAGAUGCAUCAGAUUCUGGAAUACACUAACAGGACAACCACUACAGUGUGUGGACACUGGCUCGCAGGUUUGCAACUUAGCAUGGUCUAAGCAUUCUAAUGAACUAGUUAGUACGCACGGCUACUCACAGAACCAGAUCUUAGUUUGGAAAUAUCCGUCGUUGACUCAAGUAGCCAAGUUAACAGGGCAUUCUUACAGAGUUCUUUAUCUGGCUGUAUCACCUGAUGGUGAAGCUAUAGUAACAGGAGCCGGGGAUGAAACUCUUCGAUUUUGGAAUGUCUUCAACAAAGCACGCUCACACAAGGAAUCCAAAUCUGAGCUCAACCUCUUCUCAAGGAUCAGAUGAUAUUAGCUCAAGAACCAAAGUUUUAAAACCUUAAACCAUUUAAGUAUGUUGGAGGAUGCACAAGAAACCUUCACACUUGUAUUGAACAACAAGAGACCGUGCGGUACACAUACAAAACUGUCUUCUUAUGAACCAAAGAAGAGCCGAGAUGGUAGUUACACAAUACAACAAAUUGAAGUGAUCUGCAGUUACCCUCACAUCCUCACAUGUUUGCCAGGAAUUGUAUAUCCAUGGAGGAACCAAAUGUCAAUCACUAUUUGAAAUAAAGGAUCACAAGGAAACUAGGGUUUAAUUUCGAUGCUCUGAUGUUGAAAAUUUGACAUCGUUUCUUGAGGCAAACAGAAAUAAAGCGUAAUGUUACUAAUA